CAGUAAACAAGGAAGUGCGUCAACAUUGAGCAGAAUAUAAUAAAUGAUUUUUCAUAAAGCUUCCUAAAUUUUUGUUUUUACUGUGGAUUGUUAACACCGUAAAGCAGACGAACCAUCAAACAUCGUACAGCUUGAAGGCAUUGAAAAGAUGAAAAACCCGGCAGUUAUCGCUUGUGUUGUUAUAUUGACAGUCACUUUAAGCUUAAAUGGAUGUAAAAGUUGUUAUGCAGGACCAUUUGUCUACGGUCCAGUUUGCGAGGCAAACAGGGGAUUGAUUGGAAUUACGAGCACCCGGAUAACAUACACGAUUGAACCUAUCAACACAGUAGGUACAGAAAUAUGCUGCGAAGCUCUGGGUUGCGCUCAAGGGUAUGAAAAAAGAUGUGGUUCAUGGGGUUAUUACAGCCUUGGUUGUUCUACUUCCAGUCUUAGUGCAGUGCUUAUCUGGGGAGCAAAUGCCGGAAAACCAGCAACUAGAUGCAAAGGCAUUCCUUCUGGAACGUUAUAUUCAUUAAGUUGGAACACAGCAACCACUACAACCGUCCAAAAGAAUGUUUAUAUUUAGAAUUUAGGAGGAACAUCUCUUAAACAUAAUUUUGCUUAAAUUUGAAUUUAAAUUUGCAUGGGAUAAAAUACAAAAUACAAUUUGAAUGGAAAACGUAGACAUACAAUUUAAUAUAACUGUUUUGUCAUUUGAAUAAAAUCAGCACAGAAAA